AUGUCGGACUUGUGCCCUGUUUACGCGCCUUUCUUCGGCGUCCUCGGCUGCACCGCCGCUAUUGUAUUCACAUGCUUUGGAGCUUCAUAUGGUACUGCCAAGUCUGGUGUCGGCAUUUGUGCCACCACAGUCCUGCGCCCCGACCUGCUAAUCAAGAACACUGUUCCCGUCAUUAUGGCUGGUAUCAUUGCCAUCUACGGCCUAGUCGUCUCCGUUCUUGUGUCUGGCUCCCUCAAACAGAAACAGGCUCUCUACACUGGCUUCAUCCAGCUGGGUGCCGGCCUCUCAGUUGGCCUGGCUGGCUUGGCCGCGGGCUUUGCCAUUGGCAUUGUUGGUGAUGCCGGCGUGCGUGGAACUGCUCAGCAACCUCGUCUGUUUGUUGGAAUGAUUCUUAUUCUCAUUUUUGCCGAGGUCUUGGGUCUUUAUGGCCUUAUCGUCGCCCUUUUGCUCAACACCCGUGCCACUCUUGGCGUCGAGUGCUAA